AUUUCUGUCGACGAUCUCAGGUAUUGCAGUGGAGGGAUGCAGCCAUGCGCACUGAACGCGAUCUACCAGCACCUACGUGACCUAGAGGCCAGGCACAACUAUAUUGUGGAUUUACUUCUUAUGUGCGGGGACUUUCAAGCUAUUCGCAAUCACAGAGACAUGCAAUGCAUGGCUGUCCCGCAGAAGUAUAGGCAGCUAGGUGAUUUCCACAAGACUGCUCCGGUGCUUACCAUCGUAAUAGGCGGGAAUCACGAGGCAUCGAAUUACAUGUCAGAACUUAAUGAUUUCAGUCUAGGUUUUUACGAAAGAUUACCUUAUGAUCAUGGCACCAUGCGAAGCAUAUAUCACAUCAGGGAAUUUAAUGUUCGUCGUCUGUCCUUGUUAUCCUCCCUGGAUAUCUUCCUUUCUCAUGAUUGGCCCCAAUACAUCGAGCGACAUGGUGAUACUCAGGGCCUCCUUUGCCGCAAACCAUUUUUUAGACAGGAUGUACAGACGGGCAACCUGGGUUCCCCUCCUUUAAUGGGGCUCUUGCGGACGCUGAAACCAAAAUGGUGGUUUUCAGCGCACUUGCAUGUUCGCUUUCAGGCUACCGUACAGCAUGAACAAACCGGUACUGGAUCAAAUUCUCUGCCCAUGACUUCGCCACCACAAAACCCAGAUGAAAUAGCAAUUGCAGAUGAUGAUUUCGAUGCAGUUGAAUCUCAGAAUCCUCCAAUUGAAUAUUCUCGUUUGCAAACGACUUCUCACAAUCCUGAUCAAAUAACCCUAGAAGAGGAAGUUACACAAUUGCCUCCCAUUGCUUGUCGGCCACAGCCAUCUAUGACAAACUUCCUCGCAUUGGAUAAAUGCCUUCCAAACCGAGAAUUUAUGGAGGUAUGUCAUCGAUGUGCCUACACAUCGGAUGAAUCUACCAUGCCUGGACAACGCUGUGUGCCGAAGUUAACCUUCGAUCCGGAAUGGCUGGCAAUAUCACGCGCUUUUCACCCAUUCUUCUCCACGAGGCGGCGUCAAGCAGAUUAUCCCAAUGAAGCAACAGCUCGUGCGAUGUCCAAUGUGCGCAAUAACGAAGUAGACUCUUCCGGUGUCCCUCUACCUGGCAUCCGAACCAUUUUGGAUUGCCAGACAUUCGUGCAGAGCGCCCCUGGUCCUGGAAGUGAAGGAGCUCAAAAGAAUCAACAACCACCUUGGUACACUAAUCCUCAGACUACCGUUUUUUGCGAUAUGCUUGACAUUCAAAACGUGAUGAUUUCUCUUCGGACAAUCGGGCCUAAGAAGCUUUCCCGAUGA